GUCAUGGGUCCACCCUACAUACAUCCCACCUUCCAUUAGAUUGGCGCUUCCGUAGCCUCAACCCCCAGUAUCUUUGAUUUACUUGCUCCCCUUUAUUUACAUACUUCGCCCGCCCUCCGCCCUCCCCUCCCCCCUCUCGUUCGUCACCCAGCACUUUGGGCUGGUAUCUCAUGGCAACGCCUCCUCUAAUGUUGAUUGCAGGCCUCUAACAUCGCAGGGCUACCCAAGCCCAAGCUUGCAACAUCUCUACGAAAACCUCUACGCAAACCUCUAAUCAGUACGCAACCACAUCGACACCCAUAUACCUCCUAACCUACCUAGGCAGGUAACCUAGGUCAACAUCCGACCCGCCCUAGAUUCCGCUCGACUGGGCCGCCUCUCAUAUCCUCCACCUCUCUCUAUACCUAUACCGACCGUUGCCUUGGAGCUCUGAUAUUGUGAUGGGCUAUUGCCUAUGAGAAUUAUACGGCCCCUCCUCGCAUCGUCGGGCACCACACGGGUCCGCUUCGCGUCUAUCUUUUUAACCUCUAAAUUCGGAUAUUGGUUGUGGAACGCCCCGCCCUCUUCGACAACCCGCCGUUCUCUUUGCCCAAUUUUGAUUUCCCGCUCCCAGAGUUCGACCGCUGCUAUCGAGAUGGGAACGGUUGAUACGACUGCUCGGCUUGCCGAGCUUCGGAAGCUCAUGGUCGAGAAUAAAGUCGACGUGUAUAUUAUUCCCUCGGAGGACAGCCACUCGUCUGAAUAUAUUGCGCCAUGCGAUGCUCGCCGUGCCUUUAUUUCCGGCUUCACCGGUUCCGCCGGUUGUGCUGUCGUCACCCUUGACCGGGCCGCCCUGGCUACAGAUGGCCGCUACUUCAACCAGGCCUCCAAGCAGCUUGAUGAAAAUUGGCUGCUACUGAAGCAAGGCCUCCCGGAUGUUCCUACUUGGCAGAAAUGGUCCGCAGACCAGGCCGUUGCCGGUAAAAUCGUGGCCGUCGACCCUACUUUGCUGACGAGCGGCACGGCCAAGAAGCUGUCCGAGAAGAUCAAGAAAAACGGAGGCAAGGACUUAGUGCCGGUUGCGGGAAACCUCGUCGAUAAGGUCUGGGGAGCCGAUCGCCCGCCGAGGCCGAACGAACCGGUGAUAGUCCUCGACGAAAGAUUUUCCGGGAAUGAUGUGAAGACAAAGCUUGCCGACCUCCGGAAGGAGCUCGAAAAGAAGAAAUCUCUCGGCUUCGUCGUCUCCAUGCUUGAUGAGAUCGCUUGGCUUUUUAACCUUCGAGGGAAUGAUAUCCCCUAUAACCCAGUAUUCUUCUCGUACGCCAUUGUUACCGCUGACGAGGCCAUAUUAUAUAUCGACUCAUCUAAACUGAGCGACCAGUCUCUAUCGUACCUUGCAGACAACGGCGUCACCCUUAAGCCGUACGAAGAUAUCUUCGGCGAUGCGUCCGCGCUUGGCAAGGAAGCCGAAGCUACGAAUCCCGAGCUUCUAACCAGCGAACCCGGCUCGAGGAAGAAGUUUCUGAUUUCUACUACGGCUUCAUGGGCUCUCAAGCGCGCGCUUGGGGGGGAUGAUUUAGUAGAAGAAAUGAGGAGCCCGAUCGGAGACGCCAAGGCUAUCAAGAACGAGACUGAGUUGGAAGGGAUGAGGGCGUGCCAUAUUAGAGACGGCACGGCUCUUAUUGAAUAUUUUGCAUGGCUCGAAGACCAGCUGGUAGUAAAGAAGGCCACUAUCGACGAAGUUGAAGCCGCAGAUAAACUCGAGGCUCUACGGACGAAGCUACAGGAUUUCGUCGGGCUCUCCUUUCCAACAAUAUCGUCGACGGGGCCAAAUGCUGCUGUUAUCCACUAUAAACCAGAGCGUGGGAAUUGCUCUAUUGUCGACCCUAAUGCGGUCUACCUAUGUGACUCCGGGGCACAGUUCCUAGAUGGCACCACAGACACAACCCGAACAUUACACUUCGGCCGACCCACCGAUGCUGAAAUAGAGGCCUACACGCUUGUCCUGAAGGGAAACAUCGCUUUGGACACGGCAAUCUUCCCCAAGGGGACCACUGGCUUUGCACUGGACAGUCUUGCACGCCAGCACUUAUGGAAAUACGGGCUCGAUUACCGCCACGGUACGGGCCACGGUGUUGGUUCGUACCUAAAUGUGCAUGAGGGACCCAUCGGUAUCGGUACCAGGGUGCAGUACUCGGAAGUUCCGCUGUCGGCGGGCAACGUCAUCUCAGACGAACCUGGAUACUAUGAGGACGGUUCCUUCGGUAUUCGCAUCGAGAAUAUUGUCAUGGUAAAGGAGGUGGAAACUAAGCACAAGUUUGGCGACAAGGCAUAUCUCGGAUUCGAGCAUGUCACAAUGGUGCCGUACUGUCGCAAGCUGAUCGACCCUAACCUGCUAACGGAUGAGGAGAAAGCGUGGCUCAGCGAUUACAACGCCGAUAUUUGGAGCAAGACGAAGGGGUACUUCGAGGAAGAUGAACUUACAACGGCUUGGCUAAAGAGGGAAACGCAGCCGUUCUAGAGGUAAGGCUUUUCUAAAGUCUGUCCGGCCGGCAACCGGCGGGGCCAGAAAUCGAAAAGGACUGCCGAGGCACCUAGCAUCUGGGCUAACUAAGUACAACUCGUAUUCCAUAAAUCACCAUGCUUGGCUACUCGAAACGCAUGAACGCCGACAUGGCAAAGAAAAUUCCGAACGAUAACUUGAAUGCGGGUUCCUCUUCCAGGGCCGCAAGUAUCCGUGAAUUCCUGACCCGCUGCUUCAGCCGCAGCUGCUGCACCAGGUCGAUGCCGUACUGUGAAACUACCUAGAUAAGAUAACACGCAAGUCAGAGGUUUAUUAAAGUCGAUGAAGCUUUUUUGUAGAAAUAGACAUAUGUGAAGAGAGGGCAAGGGGUAUAGGUAGACGGUAGUAGAUAGAUAAGCAUACUUGCACAAGAAUCACGGAGAGCCCGAGGAGCAGGACUAGCAUCCUUGAGAAGGUGCUGACAAUUAGUCCGGACACGAAGCCUAUAGUUACCUUGCGUCAGCAACAGGAAGGCGUCUACGCUACUCAUUGCCCC